UUCCAUCUGUACCAUUAGCCGCCCGCCAUUUCCUUUGUUAAGACGAGUAGAAAAGCCUCGGCACGCACUUUCUGCGCCAUUCUCCUGCACUAGCCGCUUGAAUCCUCUGCAAAAGCCCCGUCAACCGAUAGCAACAUGGACGGUAAUAACAGCACCAUUAAAAGGAAGAGCAGCACCGGCGACGGUAAAUAUCUGCCGGAGUUACUGGCGGAGAAAGACAGCCUGGACUCCUCGUUCACGCACGCCAUGAAACUCCUCUCUGCAGAGAUUGAAAGGGUCCAGAAAGGUGAACCUAAAAAAGAGUCCGAGACGUAUCUGGAUCUGUUCACCGCCAAGAACGUGAGGGUGAAAGAGCGAGUGCUCAUUCCCGUGAAGCAGUACCCUCGGUUCAAUUUUGUGGGAAAGAUUCUGGGGCCGCAGGGCAGCACUAUCAAACGUCUGCAGGAGGACACCGGGGCGAAGAUCUCCGUCCUGGGCAAAGGAUCCAUGAGAGAUAAGACCAAGGAAGAGGAGCUGAGGAAGGGUGGAGAUCUGAAGUAUGCACACUUGGCCAUGGAGCUGCAUGUGCACAUCGAGGUUUUCGCUCCAAUUCCUGAUUGUUACCUGCGUAUGGCUCAUGCCAUGGAUGAGGUCAAGAAGUUCCUAAUGCCUGUGGAAGGGCUUGAAGAUAUGCACCCAGAUGCAUUCAUGGAUCCAGGGUUUCUGAAUGGUUCUCAGGAUAUGUCUGGCAGAGGCCCGCCUCCUGGCCGAGGCCGUGGUGGACCACCCCCAAUGGGCCCUAGGGGUCGUGGUAUGCCGCCUCGUGGAGGACCACGUGGAGGAGGACCAAGAGGAGGUCCAGGGCGUGGAGCUGCAUCGAGGGGAGCCCCCGCAGGAAGAGGUGGUCCUCCACCCCCAACAUCAGCCAGAGGAGGAGCAGCCGCUCGGUCAAGACCACCAACCCAAACUCAGAGGAUGACACCAGCAACCGCUCUCUCCCACCAGCAGCACCAGUCCAAACCGGAAACCUACGGCGAAUAUGCAUAUGAAGAAUCAUACGCAGAGCCUUCCUAUGAAGGAUAUGAGAGCUACUACAGUCAGCCUGCUCCACAGCCAGACACAGAGUAUUAUGAUUACGGUCACGGAGAGGCACAAGAAACUUACGAGUCUUACACUGGAGAUGAAUGGGCUGGAGGCGCUUGGGGUGGCACUGGUGGAAAGGCUCCGACUGCCCGGCCGGGCAAAUCUUAUCGGGAACAUCCAUACGGCAGAUACUGAGAGCUGUCCGUCACGACGGUUGUCUGGCAACUUCCUCCCCAUCGUAACCUCUUGUAACCACCUAAAGUAAUUUUAGUUGUUUUUUUUUUUUUUUUGUAUUGUUUUGGUUAACACUCCUUUUUAAUAUUCUGAAUCUACUCUUUAAAUAAUACAAUGACCAUAAGUUUGACGUGAGGCAUUUUAAAUUUGAGAUUACAAUACUGUGCUUAUUCGCUUUUCUGUUAUAUAAAUUUCUGUUUUUGUUAAUUUCCUUUAAUGCAUAAGUGUUUCUUCUCUUGAAAAAGAUACCUGAAUGCUAGAUAAGCUGAUGGCUAUGUGUAAAAUUGGGGGAGGGGGGAUAAAAAAACAACUGCCUGUUAAUGUCACUUAGAUUUAUUCCAAACGCGCUUUGGUAAUGCACAAAAAAAAAAAUAUUUGAGGAAUGCACAAAAAUAUUAGUUCUAGUAAAAAAAACAUGAUAAUUAUUCUUUAAAGAAUAAAUUCCAAUUGGUUUUUUCAUUAUUUACGGUUUGAAAUUUUCGUGAAAACAUUCAAACUUCGCAUCUGCUGAUUCGUUUUGUUAAAUGAGCAAAACAAAUAUCGCUAAGUUUGUAGUUUAGAUUUACUUGUAGUCAGAUAAAAGUACAACCCUCUCAAAUAUUUGUACGUACAAUACUCAACUAAUAAAAACUUGUUCUUUUGGUGUUUAGAAGUUUGCAGUUUCCGAAAUAAUAGCAAGCUUGUGUGCAUUUCCUAACUAGGGAACUAAAUAUGUCCAAAAUGUGUCCCUAUCAGUUUGUCAAUAAAGCUUAGUUUUCUUUUACAGCCUUCAAAA